AUGGACGAUCUGGAUGCCUUGCUGGCAGAUCUGGAAUCCACGACCUCCCAUAUCUCCAAACGGCCGGUGUUUCUGUCGGAGGAAACCUCGUAUUCUUAUCCAACUGGAAACCACACUUACCAAGAAGUGUCUCUGCCACCGCCGGUGCCGCCUCCUCCUUCCACCGAGGCCUUGAACGGGACCGUGAGCAUCUCUUUAGAGCAAUGGCACCCCGUCCUUCCGAGAAACCCCCACCAGCAGCCGCCGUCUCAGUCUCCUGUGUAUAGUUCCAGUGCCUCUGUGUCCAGAGAGUGCGCCAUCUCUCCUUCGCGGGCCAGUGACGAGGAACACGUCUAUAGUUUCCCCAAUAAACAGAAGUCUGCGGAACCGUCUCCCACCCUGAUGAGCUCCUCCUUAGGCAAUAACCUGUCAGAACUGGACCGGCUCCUCUUGGAAUUGAACGCUGUCCAACACAACCCCCCACCUGGCAGUCCCACAGAUGAGACCCCGGGAAGCCCCUCGCAGCCUGGUGGGACCGGCUCUCACUACAGCCUCCUGGAGAACACUACCUCUUUGACCGCACAGCCGAUGGCUCCGGCGAAGGAAAAGCCCAAGUGGAACGGAGGGCCCGGGGUGGAAGAAGUGUGCCCCAGCGUGGAGAGCCUUCUGGAUGAACUGGAGAGCUCCGUGCCCAGCCCAGUACCAGCUAUUACUGUGAAUCAGGGAGAGAUGAACAGUCCCCAGAGGUUCAUCUCCAGCCAGCAACAGACCCGCAUCUCUGCCUCUUCAGCAACCAGAGAACUGGAUGAGCUCAUGGCUUCCCUUUCAGACUUCAAGUUUAUGUCCCAGGGGAAAGGAGCUGGCAGCUACCCAUCAACUACCCCUCCCAAGCCUGGCAGCCAGUUGGACAGCAUGCUUGGAAGCCUCCAGUCUGACCUGCACAAACUUGGGGUAGCAACCGUUGCCAAAGGUGUGUGCGGAGCCUGCAAGAAGCCCAUUGCCGGGCAGGUGGUCACCGCCAUGGGGAAGACCUGGCACCCCGAGCACUUCGUUUGCACCCAUUGUCAGGAGGAAAUUGGCUCCCGGAAUUUCUUUGAGCGUGACAGCCAGCCUUACUGCGAGAGGGAUUACCACAACCUCUUUUCGCCUCGCUGUUACUACUGCAACGGCCCCAUCCUGGAUAAAGUGGUGACGGCCUUGGACAGAACAUGGCACCCAGAACACUUCUUCUGCGCACAGUGUGGGGCGUUCUUUGGCCCUGAAGGCUUCCAUGAGAAGGAUGGCAAAGCCUAUUGCCGCAAAGAUUACUUCGACAUGUUCGCUCCCAAAUGUGGCGGAUGUGCCCGGGCCAUCCUGGAAAACUAUAUCUCGGCCUUGAACACCCUGUGGCACCCCGAGUGUUUCGUUUGCCGGGAAUGCUUCACCCCGUUCAUCAAUGGCAGCUUCUUCGAACAUGACGGUCAACCCUACUGCGAAGUGCAUUACCACGAACGCCGGGGCUCGCUCUGCUCCGGAUGCCAAAAGCCCAUCACAGGCCGCUGCAUCACCGCGAUGGCCAAGAAAUUUCACCCGGAACACUUCGUGUGUGCCUUCUGCCUCAAGCAACUCAACAAGGGAACCUUCAAAGAGCAGAACGACAAGCCUUACUGUCAGAACUGCUUCCUGAAACUCUUCUCCUAAGGCUCGGCCCGCCCUUUGUGGCAUCUCCUGCCAGGAAACCCCUUGCCUUGUUGCGUAUCGUCCCGCGUUCAGCAACUCGAGCGGGUUGAUGUAGGAGAUGAGGAG